AUGGCGUUCGAGUGGGUAUAUUCCGUCGUGGGAAAACACGACGUGGACUGGGAAACCUCGUUGCAUGCUGCGGGGCGGGCCAAAGUUGCCGACUUGGGGCUCGUGGCUGUUUUAAUUGUACUAUUUUUCUUCACCGGUUCCAUCGAACCAUUUCAAAGACAGUUUUCUCUUGAUGAUUUGACAAUAUCACACCCAUUUGCUGAACAUGAGCGUGUCACGAACCAUGAACUCUUUGUUUAUUGCUUGUUAGUGCCAUUCGUGAUGAUCUGUGUGGCGCUGAUUGUUUCGGCACGCCGAGGAAGCAGGGCUUCCGUGACGUAUAUUUCGUUGUUGGGGUUGAUAAUUGCUGUAUUUUUGACUUCCGUGGCUACAGAUAUACUCAAGAACUUUUUUGGACGACUUCGUCCUGAUUUCCUUGCACGCUGUGAACCUGCUGCUGGGACACCGACAGAUAUUCUCGUUUUGGCAAAGGACGUUUGCACCACGAAAAAUAAAGGAAGGCUUCUUGACGGGUUCAGAACAACGCCUUCGGGUCACUCGAGUCUUAGUUUCGCAGGCUUGGGUUACCUUUCCUUGUGGCUAAGCGGCCAAUUGGUAGUCGCCAGUCCCAAUGUGGGCAGCUGGAGAAUAGUGGUUGCGUGGGUGCCGGCAUUUGGCGCAGCCCUCAUUGCUUUGAGUAGAACCAUGGACUACAGACACCAUUUCGUAGAUGUUACACUCGGUAGCAUUUUGGGAAUGGUGAUAUCUUUUGUGAUAUAUCGCCAUUACUUUCCUGGUAUUGCUCAUGAAAAGUCCUACGAGCCAUGGACAGUGCAGGAAGAACCGGAGCCUACAGAGGAGUACACUGCUUAA